UUCACCGCUAACGGGAUCAUAUGCGGCCUAGACCUACCCCCCCUGUUCAAAGUUCGAAAGUCAUUAUCGGACAAGCCAAGCACGCUAUCGCAAAAAAUAACAAUUAUGGGAUUAGGGUCAAGAUAUUUCAAGGAGGCGAUGGAGGAACCGAAAGAGGUGAGCCUGAUGGUGGAAAGGGAGUUCAAGCAAGAGGCGCUAGAACAAUGGAGACCAACCACGUACCACAGUUUCGACGCAAUGGAGUCUACCAACCGAUACUUCAGGAGAAUUAUAGAGGGAGAAAGCGAGGAGGUAAUGCCGAUAUCGAAGGAAGUAGAUCCCAAUGGAGCGCUGCAGCAACUC